AUGGCUGCAGACCCAUUAUAUGAGCUUCUUGCUUCUCACCUCAACCCUAACGUUUCGACCUCCUCCCAAGUUGCUCCAUCAUCCUCCGUGCAUUUUAACGCAACGAGUUACCUCUCCCACCUCACAUCACUAUCCUUAUCAGCCUUGUCGACUACCGAGACUCAAUCUCUGGCUCAAGCCUUGAAUACCAAUCUACUUUCCUUACAAGCUCUCUCCUCAAGGUCGCAUCGAUCUGUCAUAACGACCUCCAAUGCACUAUCAACACUUGGCGAAUACCUACCGGCUCUCACAUCCUCUGCCUUCAAUCUCCGAAAGGGCGUACCAGAUCUUGAUGAGAAAGCGGUCGCCUUCUUGCAGAGAUACAGCAAGUCGAAUACAGAUAAUGCAGUCCUUGACAGGCGAAAGAGAGCCAUGCUCUUGUCGCGGAAUGUGGACAGAAUAUCUGAUAUAUUGGAGCUUCCCACUCUCUUAGCAACCGCCAUAGCCUCUUCUUCCACUCCUUCUGCUUCUUCUGGCUCUGCUGCAAGCAGUGUCAAUUAUUCCCAGGCUCUAGACCUCUUUGCCCAUAUCAAACGUCUGCAGAUGAUACACCCUGAUUCAGCACUGGUACAGUCAAUCCUUGAGGAAGCAGAAGGAGUAAUGAAAGACAUGACCAGCAAUCUCAUAUCAUCUUUGAGAGGUCAGAACAUCCGACUUGCAGCCGCUAUCCGAACUAUCGGUUGGCUUAGGCGUGUUGCCCCGGAAUUAGCGACACAAGGCGUACGCCUAUCUUCUGCCAAAUGUGCGCAGAGCAGCCCAUACUCCACUAGCAGGAGCUUUACCCACACAAGUUCUGAAGGGUCCUUCGGCUAUCUGUUCUUGGUGUGCCGUCUAUACAACCUCCUGAAUAUGCUCGAAGCCCUCGCUCCCCUGCGUGACCUCGCCGACCAAGAAACCCAGCAACGAUUGCAAAGACAAACCCGCUCAACAAUUACUAGCCCUUCCCAUGAACAGCCCAGCUCUCAAAGAAAGCUUUUCAUGUACUGCCACUCCGCUUUCACGGGCCAACAGACAGAGCGCUAUCUAAAACGCUACAUCGAGAUCUUCCGCGAACAAUCCUUCGCUACAGUCUCCAUGUACAAGAACAUCUUCCCACCGGCCUCGGAUGAUCCAAAUACCAUCACCAACUCAACAUCCUCCUCUCCAGCCCCAGCCACGUCUCCAUCAACACCAUCACCACCAUUCCUUACCCUCCCCCAAACCCUUCAAACCUUCCCCAUCCACCUCAUCUCGCACCUCACCUCAACCCUCCAACAAUAUCUCCCCAACCUCACCGACCCCUCAGCCCGAGACUCACUACUCAUGCAAGUCCUCUACGCGGCGGGAAGCCUGGGCCGUCUCGGCGCGGAUUUCAGUAUGGUCAUUGAGAGUCUUCUUGACGACGACGACGACAACGAUGAUAAAGAUAAGGGCGAGGAAGAAGGAGAAAUAGGUGAGAAGGAGAUCGCGCAGCUGAAAGGGGAGCCUGCUCGAGGACUAGAAGCAGCAGAAGCAGCAGCAGCAGCAGUGAAGGAUUAUGACGACGCAGCGUCUCUCCCAUUGGCCCAGCAGACAACAAGCAGAGAAAGAACAACAGAUCAAAAGCCAAAGGACGGUGGUAGCGAUGGUGAUGGUGGAGGCGAUAUGCCAAUCCCAGAAUGGAUCCGCAUUCUGCAGAAACACCGUCUGCAAUCUAGCAGGCUUGAAGCGUUGUCCUCUUCUGCUCCUCCUUCUGCACCUAGUUCUGCUGGUCAGGACAAGCAGAGACUUAAUACUACUACUAGCAGCGGGCUUCUGCCAAGGAAAGGAUCGGCAUCACAGGAAGCGGUGGUCAAAUAG